CAUUGACAGGAAUAAAAAGGAGGAAGGAGAGGAGCGAUCGCAUAGUCAGACUCAGAGGGCCCUGUCUCCUGCUCCCACUGCUCCAGGGGCCCCUCGGAUGCAUUACCUAAGGGACAUCUUGAUACCAGGGGAUGGGGGGGUAGAGUGAUGCCUGCCUCUCGCUGCCACCCAGGGAUUUAUAAUCUGAAUCCUUUUGCCUUUCAACCUCCUGCAUCUCUCUCUCCUGGAAACUGAAAAAUAAAACUUUGCCAUCUCCCGUGCAGUUGGAGCUGAAAGGCAGCAGUGCUGCCGAUUAAAGAGACGGACCUUGGUCCUCCCUAUGUGUGACUAGUGCUUGAUUUCCCAUUUUCUUUUAUUUUCCCCCUCCCCUUCCUCUUCACUGUCUUAAUCUCUCUGAUCUUUUUUUUUCUCCCUCUGCUCCUCAGUCUCUUCCUCCUCCUUUCUGCCAACAACAAAAAUAACAAAAAGCCACCAUCAGAGGCACCUCUUGCCAGAAUAAAAAGGCAAAAGCAUGGAGUUCUCAGAGAGGAAGAGGAGCAGGAAAUCCCAGAGCUUUAAACUGGUGAAUCAAGAGUAUCAUCAAGAUGUUUAUAAAACUUCUGAUUAUUGCAGUGACAUCAAUGGAGAGUCCAGAGACUCGCAGAGUGUUUCAGGUGAUGAAGGCAUGGAAAUUAAAAAGCAGAUCACUGGUAUGAGAAGGCUUCUAAAUGACAGCACUGGGAGAGUCUAUCAGAGAGUUGGCAAAGAGGGAGAAAAGCUCAAAGAAGAACCCCAAGAAAUUGACCUACACUGGGCAGAGAGCUUGAACACUCCCUGUGCAGCAGAACAGGCUAUCCACCCAUCCCAGAACCUGUGGAACAAUACACCUAUACAAACAGAAUUUUCAGGACAGUAUGGGACCCGGUCAAAAACUAUUCAGAAUAAUCAUAAAAACGCAGGCCUGAAUGGGGAUUUAAGAAUGGCAAAUGCACCAACAGAAUCAAAGUGCUGUACAUGUAACUGUCAGCCAACCCUGCAAGCCAUCCUGCAGGAGCUGAAAGCAAUGAGGAAAUUUAUGCAAGUACAAGCAGUUGCCCAUAGCCGCAUGCAGCUCCCACAGUCAUGCGUUUGCAAUCAAAAGACAGCAAUGGCAAGGAAAAGAAUAAUAAAGAAAAAAGUGCUUUCAAAGAAUACAGCAGUAGCUCCUGUAAUCAGCCCACCAAGUGCGAGUGAGAAAGAGCAUAAGGCCAUGGUGCUUCCAGAAAAGUCCAGUCUGGCAGAAAAAGAGCGAGCCAAGAAGGAGGAGGAACACAUGCUUGGAUUUGGAAUUGUUGUUGAUUCUUCAUCCUCUGAUCCAGACAUCCAACUCGCAGAAGGAUUUGAUGUAUUUAUGCCGAAGUCUCAACUGGACUCUAUUCUAACAAACUACAAGAGGUCAGGAAGUCUACUCUUUAGAAAACUGGUGUGUGCAUUUUUUGAUGACAAAACAUUGGCAACUUCACUUCCCAAUGGGAAAAGGAAACGGGGCCUUAAUGACAAUCGGCAAGGAUUGGAUCAGAAUAUUGUGGGAGCAAUAAAAGUAUUCACAGAAAAGUACUGCACUGCUAAUAAGGUUGAAAAAGUUCCAGGCCCUCGACACUGGGUACAAAUCCUCCAGGAUCAGAUAAAACUCGCAAGGCGGAGAUUAAAAAGAGGCUGUGAUUUAGGUAAUCAUCUUCAAACCCCUGAUGAUAGGAUGUGGCACCACUCAAAGACUGGCUUUUAGCCUUAAACUGCAAUGCUGGAGACCACUGGAACAGAAGGCACUUAAACCUGACUUUGCUUUUAGCUAAUGACCAUUUCAGUCACUUUAUGGUUUUUUUUUUAUUGCUUAUCAGAAGAUAAGCCAAGCUGUGGAAACCAACACACUGUGUAUAUUGUUCAUGGAGUCACUCAUUAUAUAUUUUAUAACUAAUACCCUCCUAUUUUCAUAGUUUUUAUAAAAACUGGAAUAGGUAAGACAAUUGUUGGGUAUAUCAAACAGCAGUUCUGGAGAUGAGAAGCAGUGUGUGAAAUUCUCAUUACAUGAUGAACAUCCCCUUUAACCAUUAUUUUUUAAAAUUCACAUGCUAUCAUUGGUAUGGAAUCUUUUAACUUUAACAGGCCCAUUACUCUUGACACAAUAGAACAUAUUUAUAAGAACAUCAAUAUUAAAAUAUUGUUUUAAUUCACCUGUAUGAAACCACAAAUAUUUGAGAUUUUUCUUAAAUGUAUUAAGUUUUUACUGUUGAUGGCCAUGAUUUGUGGGAUCAGUUUUUAAAUUGAAGUGACUUAUUUACAUGUUAAAGGGGUGGUAAACCAAAUUUCUUUUAAAUAUUACCGAAUAAAAAAAAUGUAAUUUUAAGCAGCUUAAACAUAAUUGUUAAAAAUGUUCAUGUUUUUAAAGUUAGCAGAAGCUGGAUGAUUUACAGACUUCUCUUGGCUGGAGCAGAGCUGACUUCUGCAGAAAUGUUUCAAGAGUCAAAAUCAAUAAUGUAAAAAGGUACAAAAAAUUGCUUCAAUAGCAAUUACAUUUACAGCUUAAUUCAAAACCAUUGGACAUUAUUAAUUGAUGUCUAUUGUAAAGUUGCUUAGAACUAUAAUGUCUUAAAUAAGUAAAAUUUUGGUUGGCUUGACCACAGUUUUGAUACUGUUUUCCAGUAUCUUAAAUUUAGUAUUGUUCUGCCUCUCUAUUGUGUAUAUGAAACACAAAAUAGAUUGCUUGUAAUUUGUAAUCAACUCUAGUUUAAAACAUUCAACAUAUAUUGCAUAGAGUUCCUAUACAGCUUGGUUUAAGCAAGACGACUUAAUGAUGAUGCUUUUUUUUGUUCCUGUGUCAAGAGAGUUUUUUGUCAGGCUCAAAACUUAAGAUACAAGAAAAGGAAAAAAGUAGAUUUACUGUUUUUUGUGUUUUUUUGGCCUUGAAGGCAAUAAAGUGAGCGUGGCCUUUAAAACCAGACAUUGUUUGCUAAAUUUUCACAUUGCAUGGCAUAAUUGCCCAUAAGCCAUUUUAUUCCCCUGUACUGUAAAAUUUAAUAAUGCAAUACAUGCCCUUUUUCAAAUGGAAGUGCAUUUUUACAUUAUACUUCAAAUUUGUAUGUACGUUUGAUAUAGAACUGCUCAUACUGGUAUGUUAAAGUUUCAGUCGUCCCUGCUAUUGGGAACUAUACUGUCCAAUCUUUAGCCAAUAAAGAAAUGCUGUGCAUUGUUUUCCAACAGCUGGACAGACAAAAGUUUGACAUACCUGGUGUAAACCAAAAUAGGAGGUUUAGAUGCAGGUUUCGACACACAAUAUUGACAUACUUGUGUAUGCCUGUUGAAAUACUGUAGCAAUGUGUAUUUUUUUGUGUAUUAAGUCCACGUAAUAACAUUUGUGCUUGGAUUUCUGCAAUGGGUGAAAUACCUUUACAUUCUAGGUACCGGUAUGUAAAUAUAAUUUAAAAAAAAAAAAAACAUUGUUCUUGUGCAGUCAAAUUACAUUGUUCAUAAUCAUAAAAUCAUACGUCCCUCCACCAAACUAUUACACUGUUCCAUGUUACAUAACAAACCUAAACUGAUUGUUGAAUUGACAAAACUCUUUAAUUAAUGAAUGGAUGAAUCUGUAAACAUAAAUGAUUGUCUACUAUUUGUCUGUGUAAUUUCACAACGACUACUUUUCAGAGUGUUUCUAUUACUGUGGGUAGACAUUCCAUAUAUACAGGGAAAUGUUUUGAUUUUGUGUAUACUGUAUAUCUUUCUAUUGAUCUGUAAAUACAUAGAUAUUUUUUAAA